AGUAUGGUAUAUGUACUAGUUUGCACUCCAUGCUUUACUGAAAUGUAAGAUUUUUAAGGAUUUGGAGUUUCAUUUAUUGCUUCAUGUGUUCAUAUUGCUAACUUUACGGUUCUGAAGGAGGUCUGGUGGCUAGAAUCUCUAAAAGCUAUUUUAUUUUGCAUUGAAUAGUUUGUUCAUUUAUGUUGGUGAUGUCUUUCUGGAGCUAUUUCAUUAACCUUCUAUGGCUUCAGUUUCCCCAUUCAUUGUCUCCUUUUCGUAAUUCAUUUGGUUUGCUCGUGUAGAAAUCACUUUCUGUUUAAUGACUUCAUACAAAGACUGAUUUGAUAGUCAUUUGGGCUACGUCUGCUCCUCAUUUGCUUCUACCUCUUAUCAGUCUACUUUUCAUUGUGUUUUGAUGCUUUAUCAAUUUUGUUUUUCCAAGACUAGAACCUAUUUAUCGUUUGUUAUGAUUCGCGUUGAUAUGUUGAUACAUGCAUCUGUGUACUGUGUAUCUUAAGUGCGACGAUUUAUUCAAUUUAAUCUCCAGUCUGCACCCAAAGAAAAAAGAAAAGCAAAAGGAAACCUGGAAAUCACUGGUAAUUUGGUACAGACUAUAAUCAGUAAUUCAGCCUUAUGAACGACAGUUGUCUGUUUUGCGUUGCAUUGUUCCCUCCAAGUUUUCGGGGCUACUAUGAAAGUUCCAUCAUACUUGUCUUCUUGCUUCAUUUCUGCUUUAACUGCUAUAAAUUUAUCGCAGAUUGAAUUCAAAAUGCGGACAACUUCAUUUUGGCCCAAGAUAAAGAUUAUGUUGCAUUAGAUUAUUUUGACUACAGUUGGCAGUUAUGCUAUACUGCUAUCAUCUCUAUCAUGCCUGCAUGAAAUUGAUGGAUAUGCUCCACUGUUAUCGGGAGGAUAGUUAUUAGUGGAUCAUAGUUCAUUGCCCUUUAUUUGACCUAUAUUGAGCACUUGAGAAAAUUUUGAUCCUAGUGCGCACCAGUAUACUUACAAGCAGUUUUUUCUUCGUUCAGAGGAAGGAGACACUGGAGUACUAUAUAUGCAAAGAUGGACCAGCCAAAUCCUAAUAACAACUUUGAUAGCUCUGGAGACAUCCCUUUGAAGCGCAAACGUGGUCGUCCAAGGAAAUAUCCAAAACCAUAUGCGGAAGAGAAUGCCCAUAUCCUAAAUAUUCGGAAUGUAAACCAGAAUCCAGUUGGUGGAGGAAAUGCCAGUGUUCCUCCAGGGUUUGACAGGGUUAAUGGAAGUCAGCCCCAUCGAAGGGACAUUGGAAAUGAUUUGAAUGAUCCCAUGGUUGGUCAGGUGGUUUCUUGUGUAAUUGAGGCAGUAUUUGAUGCUGGAUAUCUGCUUAGUGCUAAAGUUGGUAAUUCCAAUACUACUUUAAGGGGUCUUGUCCUAAAGCCUGGACAUUAUGCCCCUCUUUCAGCUGAAAAUGAUGUGGCCCCAGGUGUUCCCAUGAUCCAAAGAAAUGAGGUUCCCUUCUCAGGAGGAGCUAAUGUGAAGAAACCUCACCGAAGAGAAAGAAAUAAACAUUACGUCAAUAUUCAUAGAAAUGCGGGUCAUACAAUGAAAGGGUCACCCUCUUUCAGUCAGUCAUCUAGAGGAGCAGUUAGCUCCAGUGGUUUGGUUGCAUCUCAAGGAAAGAAUCAGCAGUCAAUGGAAAGACAAACUAAUUCUCUACUAUCUAGAGGUAAUGUGGUCCCUGUUAAGCUCCAACCUGUUAAUUUACAAAAUGGGGUUAUGGUUUCUAAUCAACCUUCUCAAGCCAUGACCCAAGCAUCUCUUGGAAGCACACCAAUUGCUGCCAAAGAAAUUCUUGCCGAUGGAAACCAAAUGCAGAUUUCUCAAGCUCUACCUAGCCAAAAUUUGUUGCCAAGAGGGACGCAAAAUGAAAAUGGUUCGCCCAAUCUAUCUUCAGCUGAGGUUCAAAGCAGAGCGGAGGCCAACUCAAUGAGACAGCCCGGCAUGCCUUUUGAAAAUCUGGUUACUGAGGUUGUUAGGAGAGUCGAAGCACCAUCUGAAUCCAUAGAUACUGAUACUAACAACAGCAAGUCAGUAGAAAACAUUUCUAUAAAGAAUUCUGGCAGUGGGCAGGAAGAGAAAGUUAGUGAUGUGGGUCAGCCACUUUUGAUAAAGCCUUUACAAGCUGUACAAACCGUUUCUCAGGAGCAUUCUGGAUCUGCUUCCGGAUCUUCUGGAAAUAGUGAAGCAGGCAAAAUGAUCGACCAACCACAGGUUUUGCAGGGUAACAGAAUUGAGAAACGGCCACUCCAAGCAGAAGAACUAGCGUCUGGAAACAAGUUGGAUGGCAAUUUUAAAGCCGAACCUGAUGAAAAAACUGGUCAAGCAGCAUAACUCACGAUUUUAAACUUUCAAUUGGCAGGUUGAUAAUGUUGCCAUUAUCAGCUAUUGCCACGGUAUAUUCAUUGAUUGUAAAAGUAGGCCAUCCAGGAUAUAUCUAUAUACUUAGGGAUUGAAGGAUUUGUUCUCAAAUCUUGAGGAUAUUGGCUGGGGUUU